GGGAGAUUAAAUCUCACUUGAGAUUCAGAUUAAGAUUAUAUUCAUCUCCAUCCUAAGCCUAACAAUCAUUCCAUUCCUUAAAUCAACGUUGAUUGUUGACAAUAACAAUUUACUAAUAGAAUCAUUGAUUUGAUUAAUCAUCAUAUUUACAUGAUUCUUUGAACAAUUGAAACGACCAGUUUUCCAUAUUAAAUCAAUUUGAUAUUAUGUUCGUAAUCCUUUAAUCCUGUUAAUCCUUUUCUGCUGAUUUUAUUGUUACAUCAUCGAGAUAAUUUUGUUAUUAACAAUUAACUUCGGUGUGGAUUUUGUUUCCAUAAUGUUCAUAGCAAUUUGUUUCGGACUAAUUUUAAUUGUUCAAGUUUCAUCAAAUCAAAACCAUAGAGGAAAUGACAAUGAAAAGUUGGAGAUUAAUUAUAAAGCUUUAAAUGACGAUAAAAUUAAGAAACCUUAUCAAUUUGGAUACGAGAUUGAAGAUGGUCAAGGUAACCUUCAGCAUCGGCACGAGGAGAGCGACGGGGACGGAGCCAAGGUCGGAUCUUAUGGUUACGUUGACGCUAACGGGAUCUACCGAAAGGUUGAAUAUAUCGCCGAUAAAAAUGGUUUCCGUGUCAAGAUGAGCUCGAAUGAGCCUGGAAUCGAGGGCUACAAUACACCGUCGAUCUCAAUGAUAACGAAACCUUUUACUAACGAAGUGACCACUCCCGUUUCCGUUGGACUAUUGAAACAUAAUGUACUUGGAGAUGAAGAGGUUACCGCUCUUGGUCCCAGCAUUGAACAUGUUAGAUCGAAGCCUAAAGCGGUUAAAGAUCACAAUUUACGAAUGAAAGAUGAUCACAAUAGUGAAGGUCGACAUCGUGAACAUUAUCCUGAACCACGAAAUAAUCAUCACGUUGAAAGAGAAAAGGUCAAUUCGAAGAGGAAAAAUUCUGAAAAAAAUCGGCAACUUGAUUCUAACAGGAGAGCUUACGAAAAUGCUUUCAACUCUUUCAUUGAUCGACCUCCGCCACCUCCAACUCCGCCUCGACCUGAGACACCGACAAGAUUAUUUUCUACACCAAAAUCAAGCCGAUCAAAAGUUUCCGAGGCUGAAGCUCAUUAUCAAUCGGAAGCCGCUGACUGGUCACCAAGACAUCAAGAUCCACCAAGCGAGCAUCAGGUCAAAUCAAGUAGUAAUCGAGUUAGCAUUGAUAAACCUCAGCGAUAUUCAACCUUAGCACCAACUUCACCUGAUUAUGAGCACCGGUCAGCUUACGACUCGAAAGUUAAAACAAAACAAGAUGCGCUCCCUAAGCCCGAUGUCAAUGAGGGUCAUCGAUAUUACCACCAAGCCCUCGAAAGGCCCAAAUCAAAGGUACACUACCCAGAGGGCAAUUAUCGCGAUGUGAAGAAACCAAGACAACCAGAAAAAGGAGUAGAAUGGAUUUCCCAUGAAAAUCAGAAGCAAAAGUCCAACUCGUUGAGGUCAAAGUCGGACAAUCGGUGGUACAGUAAUAACAAUGAUCAAGGUAAACGCAACGAUCAACGAUCAAAGCAGCAACAAUUAAAACCAAAUCAACGUCCAACGGAACCAAACAAUUACCAAAGAGCAAGAGACAAUCACCAUCAUUACCAAUCGCAUCAUCCAACUCAAUUACCUUCGCCGCCAGCGCCUAAGGUCAACUACGAUAUUCCUGAAUUCCCGCUACCGGUUAUGCGUUUCCACCAAUCAUCCGAUUCAUUGGAAUCAACUGAACGCAAGCCAACCUCAGGUCAAGAUACAAGUGACUCGUAUUCAAGUGAACACGGAAACGGGAAUCAUAUAAAAUCCUCGAAUCAUAAUUCCGGUGAGAAAAAUGUUCAUCACCAACAGAAAAACAUUGAUUCUUCUGAAUAUACUAUUCCUCACCAUGGAUAUCUGAAUCAGGGAUCGGCUGAAAAACACAGCCCACACCAGCCCCAAGUUCAUCUGCCCCUACCACCACCUCCAUCAGCUUAUUCAUCUCAACCUUCACCCUCUCAGCAUCUUCAUCACUCAUCUCUCAAGUCCAACAAUCAACGCGGCUCAGUGACCAGAAAAAGACCAGCAGCUUAUCCGCCAACCGAAAACUAUCAAAAUCCAAUGAACCAGAUUAUCUCCUCAAAUGAACAACAACACCCGAUGACUGAUCUAAUUCCGAAAGUAUUUUAUCAUGAAAAUUCUGGUUCUAGUGAAUCAUCAUCCGUAUCAUCAUCCAAUGAGCUAAACCAUCAACCUAAUCAAUAUCAGAAUCGUGAUUGGUAUUCAUUUGAAGGUGACCAACAAUCAACUGGACCUCGAGAACCAGUUUACAUCAAUAAAAUGCCGGCCACAAGUCAAGAGGUUGACCAUAGAUCGUCAAACGGAUUAACCGUUAAUCCACAUGAAGGUAAACAGUUAAUCCUUUCCACAAGGGAGGAUAACUCAGCUUCCAAUUCAAAUGAAAGGUCAAGGGAAACCUUAACUUCAUCAUCAUCUUCAGCUGAAGCUUAUGCAACAUUCAAAAACGGAUUAAAGGGAUUAGUCCCGUUAAUCAGGAAGAAUCAAGAUAAUCCUUAUAUUCAAAGUGACCAUCAUCUGAUGGAGCCCUCGGAAAGGGUCAGUUUGAUUGUUAAUAAUCCAGGUAAACAAAACUCUUCCCCCCAAUCAACCACUUCCUCUUCCGGUGCUCCAAUUCUCAUAUAUAAAGAUUAAUGACUAAUCCAAUUAAUCCGAAUCUCUUUUUUUUUCAUUUGUAUUAAUCUUAUUCUUGUGUAAAUAAUUAACUAAUUGUGCUAAAUUGAUAUUGUUGUUUACCCUUUGGUAAAACACAAAUGAUUAAUUGUAAUUGUAAUUGUAAUUUAUUGUCUUAAUUGUAACUGUUGAUUGUAAUCCGGUUUAUUUUUACCUUUGAUUGUUUCAUAACUUUUUGUCUUUACGAUUGUCACUUGAUUGUUGCUUGAUUGUCAACCAUUUUUCAAUGAUUAAAAAUCUAUAGUAACA